AUGGGGCCAGAGCCCCAUGGAGUUCGGGUAGACCCGUCUCCGGCCCAGCUCCCCAGCCCCCUCCGCCAUCGUUUUCGUCACCGCUCCUGCCAAGGACGCAGAGAGCCACCACGAACGCGAUGGAGGCCCAUAAUAGCGCCCAACGCGUCCAAAGACCUUGCGCCUUCGACAAGAUGGAGGGGCUGGUGCGGGAGAUGCAAGAUUCCGAGAAUGGGGUGCCAGUACGCAGUCAGAAACAAUUCCUCACCUCAAUUCCCGCGGCGUUCAUGGGCUACGACCUCAUCGAAUGGUUGAUCGAUCGACUCAGCAUCGACGAAUCAGCAGAGGCGGUCCAUUUGGCUAAUCAACUCUGCCAGUAUGGCUACUUUUUUCCGGUGAACGACUCCAAAACUCUCACUAUAAAGGACGACAGCUCACUCUAUAGGUUUCAGACACCAUACUAUUGGCCAUGGCAACACACAACACCUGACAACGUAGAAUAUGCUAUUUAUCUUGCGAAAAGAACUCUGAGAAACAAACAACGACAUGCCCUUGAAGACUACGAGACGGAAGCUCUGAAAAGCUUGCGACAAAAUUUGCAGAACAAAUGGGACAUUAUCCAACAUCAGGCAGAAGAACAGGUUCGAGUAUCGAAGGACAGGAAGAAAGGCGACAAAAUAGUAAGCGACUCGCAGGAAAGAGCAUUUUGGAGGGUUUAUCGACCUCCUCCUGGUUACCCGAGCAGCUUGGAAGUUGUACCAGUGCCAACACGUGGGCGACCAGGUGUACCGAGACCUCCUUUACGUAAAAGAACUUUGAACGAUUUGCAGCGCGAGGUCGAAUUACUCCGAAACAGCUUGACACGCACGCGAAUAAAGGUUUCAGCUGCUGUGGGGAAUUUGAAAACGUAUUUCGAUACUUACGCCGAGUAUGAUCCCUUAAUGGUUCCACCUCAACCCUCCAAUCCAUGGUGCACCGACGACAGUACCUUCUGGCAGCUCAACAGCCCACUAGUUGAAGUUCCUACGGAAAAACGGGUUAGGAGAUGGGCACUCUCGAUGGGAGAAAUAAUGUCAGAUCCGACAGGCUUGCAAGAAUUUACGAAUUAUCUGAGGAAGGAAUACAGCCACGAAAACAUAAGAUUCUGGUUGGCAGUUAAGGAAUUGAGGCACUGCUGUCAAGCUCAGAUAUGCGACAGAGUCAACGAAAUUUUCAAGGAAUUUCUGGCUCCGGGUGCCCCGUGUGAAAUAAAUAUCGAUGGUAAAACGAUGGAAAAGGUUCAUCAAGAAAUGAGGAAUCCAAGCCGAUUUACUUUCGACUCAGCUGCCGAGCACGUUUACACACUUUUAUUGAAGAAGGACUGUUAUCCCAGAUUCAUACGCUCCGAUCACUAUCGCAAUCUCUUGGCUGCGGGAGUCCAACCGCUUCAGAAAAAAAGAUUUUUCGUCUUCGGAGGACAGACAAAAAAGAAGAUAUCGACGAGUGCAGCUCCAAUGCCAGGAAGUUUGCAGCAACAGCACAGUAACAUGGGGAGCGGCGGGGGUGGAAGACGGCGCGGUAGUGAUCGAAGUCUUUCAGGAUCGGCCCACGAGCUGGCCGUUAUCGGAGUGAGGGACGUAACGAGCAUACCGAGGGUGCCACAUUCCCACAGCCAAUCGAAUCUCACGGAUAUUCCUUAUAGGGGAGAUCUGGUUCGUCUAGUUAACAUUCGAUCGAGGCCUAGUCCACGUAGCGUUCAGGAUGCUGGCGUCGCGGAAGGUGCGGCUCGCCCUAUGGACGACGUGUGUCCUUGGGACGCGGCUCCAGGGCCGAGCAGCGCAGGCGAGCAAGCAGCGUCUCAUCAGCAGUCGUCAACGGGAGCGGCAGCGGUGGCAGCGCAGCAGCAUCAUCAACCAGCAGACGUCGCUGCCCAGGUUUCGUCCUCGUCCGGGGGAAUGGUCGGGGCGUCUGCUGACGGUGGCGGAAGUACGACUUCGAUGCACCUGACCCAUCAAUUGUCGGGGGCCGGUGAAGCGUCGAGAAGUUCAAGAAAAAACUCCUCGCAAUUGGAUUCGUGUAGUUCCUCGUCGGACGUGAGCCUGGCGAUAGCCGAGGUUUCGGAGCGGCUCAAAAAGUCGGUUGACUUUCGUCAUCAAAUGAGAAGCGGUAGCAUGAUCGUCGGUGGGGUAGCGAAAAAUUACCCGUCCGGCGGCCAAUCGGUCGCAGGGGGAGCGAGAGUCAAGCUGGCCGACACUUCGAGACCGUCUUCUUACAAUUAUCCCUCAUCCCCGCAGCAGAGCUUCGACUUUCCUCACAUACUCGCCGAAAAACUCGAGUCCAUAUCUUCGGUUAGAACCGUACCCGAAGAGACUGAAAAUAACCGCGAAGACUCUUCCGAAAUAAUCGACGACGAUGAUCGAUGCAAGUCCCGAGAUUCUCAAGGCCCCAAAACUCCCCCGACCGUCAUGGCCCCUCUUAUCAGCAUCAGCGCCAUCGUCGGUGAACUCACCGGCGAUACCGAUCGAACUAUCGAUAACGAGGACUCCGAACAGCCCGACGAAGAUCUCACGCUCCGCGAAAUCGAUGAACCUCAAAUCAUCGACCUCACACCUGCCGAUUCAUCCACCAUUACUCAUCUUCCCACCGCUGAUCAUCCCAAUCUCAAUGAUACCGACGAACCUCAGGUCGUACCUGUUUGGGAGCCUGAUCAACGCGCCGACGAUACCGCCGAAUCCGAGGGCGCCACCGCUCAAAAGCCACAGGAACAGCGAGACAAUAAUGUUAACGAAGUUUGCCCGUGGGAAGAUGAGGACUGCAAAGUGGACGCGCCCUAUGUAAAGACCUAUGCGACCUUAGGCUAUUUGUAAUUGGAGCCGAUCCUCGGCCCCAACCGAGAAAAAAUUUUUUCAUUAAGAAUUCAAAGAAAAACGAAAAUACGAAGGAAAAGAACAGAAUUUUAAAAAACACACAAAAAGUCAUCGACGAUCUGAAUUUUCAGGCUGUAAGAAAAGACUUUCGUCGAAUCUCUCUUUCUCGAGUGUUCCACUAAGCGGCGUGAAUCGAAAGUGACGUAUUUUAUAUAUUUACAGAAUGCACAAUAGUAAGAUUAUUACAUUUUGUUCCGAAGCGACGAAACUUUUGCCUCCAAAAAUAGAAAAAUCAAUGUCAAAAAAUAGUUUGACAAUUAGAUCUUUGUUCCUUCUCUGCUUCGUUAUUAUUUAUCGUGUCAGAAAAAUGCUUCCGAACGUAUCGAGCAUCGUCGAGUCCGUUCUCUGGCGAGAAAAACCUUAAGAAGAAUCAAAAAUCGAUCCAAUUCCUUUGAGAAAUUUCGAAAAAAGCUCUAAUACACGACAGGAAAUGUUAGCUCGGAAAAAAUUGAUGUAACACACACUGAAAAAAGGCCUUUUAUCUUUUCACAAUAGAUAUAAAUAUUUGUUUAUUUGAAUCGCGUUAAAGAAAGCGUACCAAAAAGCAUUUAACAUUCAUCGUACAUAAAAGUACGAGAAUUCGAAUAUAAUAUAUUGCACCGUUUAAAAAACUAGAUUUAGUCUGUAAUCGAUGUUUAAUAUUAUUAACGUGCAAAUUAAUCUGUCUCUGUCUUUCCUCGGCGAAUGACGUGUCUCGAUUCGCUGUAAAAUAUUGAUAUUUUGUCCACGUUCGUUGAGCGAUAAGAAACGGUUGAAGAGGUUGGGGAAAAACGCUCGGUCGAAAAGUCCGCUCGGUAGAUUGAAAUUGUCUAUAAAUAUUGAUGGUGUCGGGAGCGUAGUAGGCCCAAAAUUAAUGUCUAGAGUGAUCGAUAAUGGCCUCGUCCUUGUGUACGUAUGCGCGUGUGACUGUGUAGAUUGUUCCGUAGCAAUUAUUCCGCAAAGCCAGAGCUCUUCUUUAUCUCUGUCACUUAAAAAUUGUGUGUUUUUUUUACCCCAUUAAGAUUCGUUGGUCGGUUUAAAAUGGAAGAAUUUCGUGAAGUAAAUCUUGAAAUUCCGCUGUUUGAUACCGUUAGAAGGCGCGGACUUAGGGAGAGUGUCGGUUUUGAGCCCCUACGACUUCUCUCUUCGGACGACACCUUCGGCGAAUCCUCAUUUGAAAGUCUCUUCGUUCCUAAGUUCCGCGUUUCAUAUAAAAUCAUUAUUUUUCUAGUUAAUUACGAAGAGCAGUUUCUUUCGAGCCGUAAAACAUUCGAAAUCUGAUAAAACGCUGUUCGCAUUUUCGUACCGAUUCCAAAAGUGUGAGUAAACUUUUUUUACUCCAUUUUUCGAAUCUCCGAUACGAAUUAUUUUAACAUUAAUGUCGAAUAGUGUUCGUGCGUGUUGUUUUCUCCGCGUAAAAUAUGUGUCUAAAUUAUUGAAUUUAUCGCACCGUGACCGUCUGUCAAAGUGUCAAAAAAAAAAAAAAACAUAGAAUUAUUAAAAGCGAUCUCCUGUUGAGAGGAGUGAAGAUAAGAGCUAACAGGCCCUACUCGCAGGAAUAGAGACUCGAAAUAUUCUUCCUUCCUGCCUCCGUACGUCGUCGUAACCCGAGGCGAGAAUAAAACUGAAAGAAAAUUGUAUCAACGUCGAUGUUUCUCAGUGUUAUUCGAAACUGUACUUUGGCUUCGAUCCUUCAAGGAUUGAAGCAAAACUUACACGUGAAGAUAACGAGAAGUGCGAAAGCGAGUGUCCCGGAACUGUUACUGCCCCGGAUCCUGGAACUCGCGUUCGUUAUUCGUCCAACAAAUUAAGAAAAAUAGAAUGCCAAUUUCGUUAUUAAAACAACAUAGUUGUAAGAGUAAACGAGAGAAGAAAAAACAAUGCCGAGAUUAAUGUAACUUCAGAAUUAGAUCGAGUUGGAGAGAUUCGAGAUUCGUAUCUCGAUUUUCGUAGACGUCGUUCAAAAUAAUAAUCGAUAUUAAGUGUGUGCUAUGUGAACAAUGAAAAAAAACCUCUUUCGUUUCACUUGAAGGCCUGACGAAUUUUCACUUCUCACACAAAUAGACAGAGAACAUGUAGAAUUGUCGAUCGGAUUCGCGAUGCUCCAGAGCUUAAUCUCGUUUUCUUUAAACAAAAAUCAACAUUUUAGAUCAAUCGAGCUCGUUCGAAAAAAAAUCAUUAUCCAAAGAAACUAAGAGACGUUAAAAGAAAGUUUAAAACCAUCGUUCCCACGUCACACAACAAUUAUCUUUGCCUGAACAUUGACGUUGAAAACGUUAUUUCGUUGUGACGUUCGCACCAUUUUUUGGAACACUCGAGAAUAUCAUUAAUUCGAGAGAAUAUGAAUGAAAAAAGAAACCAAAAAACAAAAACAAAGUUCUUGCCCUAGACUCGUAAUUUCGAGAAAUGAAAAAGAUUUAAAAAAAGUUAACAAAAGAGCAUAAUACACAAUGAACUAAUAUUAUAAUUGGAGAAAGGGAAAACAAAUAGAGAUAAUGUAUGACGUAAACCAGACUCAAAUUAAGCUUAGUGAGAUUCUUAUUCGUAGAUAAAAUUAUAAUUAUUAUAAUUACUAUUAUUAUUAUAAUGAAUCAUAAUUCGGUAUAGUUCGGUGAUAUACAGCAUUAUUAUGCAUACAUAUAUCGAAGUAAAUGAAGCGAAUGUGCGUUCAUAUAUUUAUUCAUUUAUUUAUAUAUAUGUAUGGUAUUAAAAAAAUAUAAAUAUAUAUGAUAAAAGUUGAUGACGAAUGCCCCUCGUCGAUAAAUGAGAGAAACAUGAUGAGUUGAUAAUUGCCUUGGUGCAAUGAAUUUUCGUGGCUCGUUUGCUGCUGAUAAUUAUAAAGGAAACAAAAACUUUAGUAACUGGAGUGAGAGAUAAUGAUUUUUAGAUAUUUAGAUGAAGAAAAACGUUGGCUUAUUGUAAUCGGUGAUUUGAAAUGAAAAAAAAAAAGAUUUUCAAAGUCGUAAGAAAUCGUGGCUGCUUACGAAGCGAGUUUCCCCGAAUAUUUUACAACGUUUUCUUUCGAAUUGGGAAAAUUGAAUAAAUUUGUAUAAUUUGCAAGAAAGAGGAGUUGAAAUUGAGACAACGCAUGAUAGUUUUAUCGUUUGCUGUUAUAAAAAAAAAAAAAAAAAAAAAAAAAAACGAAGAGCCACCAGGUUGUGCAAAAAUCCCUAAAUCCACGAUCCAAUCGAAGGGGAUCGAAUUUCGGUGUUGAUCGAAUGCGAAGUUGUCUCGAUUUAUAAGUCAUUAUUUUCGAGCCAUCAGCGACAUUGAAAAUGUGUAUUUCGUGAAUAGAUUCUUUUCUUAUUUCAAAGGUUUUCAUUCCGGAGCACACUCGGUCUUCGCCUCGAAGAAUUUGAUUAAGAAAUUUAUUGGAGUUGCAAUCUUUGCUGCUGCUUUUCUCCUUAAGACUAGAAUUCUAAUUGAUCGAGAAAAAGACGAGGAAAAAAACAUACAAGUGAAUAAAAAAACGUUGUACGUAUACGCUUAGCGAUCGUGACCCCAUGCGAUCAUAUUUAAUUAUAGGAAAUUUAUCGAUAGAAGUGAGAUUGAAGAUGAAAAAAAAAGAAAAAAAAAAAGAAACAAAACAAAAAAACAAGCAAAUGAAAAACAAAAAGUAACAAAACGAGAAGAAAAAAACAAACUUAAGAAAUACGUUAUAGAAUAAAUGAACUAAAGUAACGAUGUCAGAGGUGAUGGGCGAACGGGCUUAUCAGAAGACUGAAAACGUACCUGAACACAAACACUUAUACACUCAAACAAAAAACCCACACGAUACACAGUCAUGAUAAUCGACACGAGAAAACAAAGUAAGCAUUUAAAAAUUCAAAGACACGAGAACAAGUACACGUACAAUAAAUAUUACGAGGGUGAACACAAAGUGGAGUCUCAGAGGUGCGGGCCUAUUUGAUAGUUAAAAAUCGAACAAUCCCGUUCGCUAAAAUAACAUACGAAAACCCCAUUAAGUAAUUUUAUUCAUCGCCCGAUCUCAAUGGUUGCUAUAAAUUUCAGUAUCACUACUAAAUAUUGAAGAAAAACGAAAAAAAAAAAACAAAAAACAAAAACAAAAACAAACGAACAUUGAAAAUGAGACUUGAGUGUGCUCCGAUUAUCCGGAAAAAAUGAGUUUCAUUAAUCGAUCGAAAAUAAACGCGUGAACACGUGAAUUGUGAUUUAAAACCGUGAUUUAUUUCGUUGUUGUUGUUACUAUCUACGAUAAAAGUGAUAAAAAGAAGAAACAAUUUACUCUCGCCUAAAAUAAUGAAAGAUUACGAUGGCUCGAUGCGCUAGCAUUUAAAAAUACGAAGAAAAAAAAAAUGUUUGUCGUAAUGAUUUUCUUUUAAUUUUUGUUGAUCGCUUCCGACGUCGUCCUCGUCGAUAAACGUGACGUCGUCGGGUUUUCGCGUAGGUGCUGAUAAUAUACACGUAGACCAUGAGGAAAUUUGAAAAAUAACAAACACACACACGCGCGCACACACACACACACAAAACACACACACACACACACGGACACAAAAAUGAAUAACUAUAGUUAAAUAAUAUAUGAAAAAAAAUAAUAAUAAUAUAAUUAAGAGCUGAGUGUCUAUUUAAUAUCGUAUAUGCAUCUAGAUGUCGACACACACACGCACGCACGUGUCUCAACAUCUACAUUCAUAUAUUCGCGUUAGAAAUAAGUGAAGAAACAUUGCGAUGAGCUCCGUCUCUCUUGUGUAUAAUACAACGCGAAAUUGUCCCAUUGCUUUUGUAUUAAUAACACGGUCGUCAGCAAGCCCAAUAUUAUUAUUAUAUUUGAAAUAAAUAUAGCAAAAAGAAGCGAGAUAAAGUAGGUGAAGAUUUAACAGGAUAAAAAAAUGGGAUAUUCAGGGCGUUGAGAAUUGCACGUUUCUCGAAAGCGAUAAUGCCAAUUCCGGGCCUGAGGAAUCACGUGCUCGGUUCGUAUUCCCAGACGAUGUUCCUCGCCCGGAAAUAAUCUCGUCGCAUCGGUUAACCGUGGAUAAAUAUAGAGGCGAUAAAAAAGGGUGUUGAAUCGAAACGGAGCAAAGGAAAAUAGCAAAGUCGGAUCCCACCGAAGCCAUUUACUUUGUGCCGGCUCGAUUUCGUUUUUCUAUCCAACGACGAUUAAUUCUUAGGAAAGAUCCUUAAGGAGAAUGAGCUUGAAAAAAGAUCGGAGCUAAAAUAUUUCAACGAAUGUAAUUCCAUGAAAAACGAUCCCACGAAUACCCACCGAAUGACAAACCCGAGAUAAACGAAAGACAAACGAAAACUAAAACGAAUAAUUUAUAGUAAGAAAAUGGGCUUUAGUGUAUAUAGUUUUGUAAAGUGUUACUAGUGACGACGAUCGAGUGGAUUUGUUCGAGUAGAUGGAUCGAUUAAAAAUGACGAAUUAAGAGAGAGCAAACGAAAAUGCUAACGAGCAAAAAAAAAUAUAAGACAAAAGGAAACAACAGAAACGAGAUAAUUGUUUUUGCAUAUUUGUUCGACGUGAUUUUACGAUUGAAUAACAAUGACAACUCAAUUCACCGAAUGAAACAAUAUUUUCAACGGUGUAUGCAUUACAUAUAUUGGUCAUUCGUAGAGCCACGAUCAUAAAACCGACCUCACGAGUAAUAUGAGAACGUAAUAAGGUAGAGAAGAAGAAGAAAAAAAAAAAAAAACAAGAAAAUCAUAAUGACGACGACGAUGAUGAUUAAACAAGGAAAACGAACAAACAAAAUAAUCAACCGUUUCGAUUUGACCUUACGAUUGUAUAUAAUAUAUAUAAAUAUAUAUAUGUUAUACUGCCUGAAUAUUUAUGAGUGACAAAUAUAACAUAUAUAUAGGAAUAUGUAUGAAAAUAUUUAUUCAAAUCACGUAUAUAUAUUGAUAAAUAUAUUCGUAUAGGUAUGAAUAUAUAUAUGUGUGUCAAUAAGGCGUAAGCUGUCAAAUAUAAUGUCAUAUUGAAUAUUAUAGUGCCAUUAAAUUAAUUAUAGUAUUGAGAGGAAUAAUGAA